AUGCCUCGCAGACCGAACGUCAGUCGCAGCUGUUGCUUCUCACCUCACCUGAACGAGGACAAUGCCCGCUUCGGCCUGCUGGCGGCGUUCAUCCUGCUCUACCUGCUGUGCGGGGCGCUCGUGUUUUCGGCUCUCGAGCGUCCGUCGGAACUGAGGGCGCACCAGCUGUGGGACGAACAGCUGGCCAACUUUACACGGAAGCACCGGCUGAGCCUGGAGAGUCUGCAGACCCUGCUGAGACAGUUCGAGCAGGCUUUCGGCACCGGCAUCCGCGUCGACCCUCUGAGACCGCGCUGGGACUUCUCUGGAGCGUUCUACUUUGUUGGCACCGUGGUGUCCACAAUAGGUUUUGGGAUGACCACACCGGUGACGAUCAGCGGGAAAGUCUUUCUGAUCUUCUAUGGACUGAUCGGUUGUGCUGCCACCAUCCUGUUCUUCAACCUCUUCCUGGAGCGCAUCAUCACUAUGCUGGCGUACAUCAUGCGCUGGUGUCACGAGAGGCAGCUGCGGCGCGCUGGCGUGGGCGGAGAGGAGGCCCGCGGCGAGGACGACAGUCUCGAGGGCUGGAAACCGUCCGUCUAUUACGUCAUGCUCAUCCUGGGCAUCGCGGCGCUCCUGAUCGCCUGCUGCGCAUCGGCGCUCUACUCGGCGAUGGAGGACUGGGACUAUUUCGAUUCGCUGUAUUUUUGCUUCGUGGCGUUUAGCACUAUCGGGUUCGGAGAUCUGGUGAGCAGCCAGAGGGAGACCUACACGGCUCAGGAGGCUUAUCGUUUCGGGAACUGUCUCUUCAUCCUCAUGGGCGUGUGUUGCAUCUACUCGCUUUUUAACGUCAUCUCCAUCAUCAUCAAGCAGACUCUGAACUGGAUCCUGGGUAAGCUGGACUGCAGCAGGGUGCAGUGUCCGUGUCGGGGACGCACCUACAGGAGGCACGGCUCAAAAUGCUGCUGCUGCUGCCCCUGCCUGCCCGCCCACCGGCGCGGCACUCACCCCGUCCCCGGAAACGCCCGUCAGAGGGCGCAGAAGCGUAACGCGGUGCACCCGGCUUCUGGCAACGAGACGGCACGGAAGCAGCGCUUCACCACCGCCUCGGUGGAAACCGUGUGCGACAGUGAGACCGAUGCUGGACUCGGGCCGGACGCAGGGUAUCUCACCGGGCACAGACUCUCAGGAGAGAUGAUCUCGGUCAAUGACUUCAUGGCUAACAAGGUUUCUCUGGCUAUUCUGCAGAAGCAGCUCUCGGAGACGGCACACGGGAAUCCCAGACAGAGCCAUGUCAGACAGAACGGCUUUUCUGGUGGAGUCGGUGCGUUGGCCAUCAUGAAUAAUCGUCUACAAGAAACCAGUGUGGACAGGUAG